AUGGCAGAUAACAAAACCAGGGUGGGUAAAACCAGGGCUUGUAAACCGUGCACGUGCAAACCCAAAACGGCGGCCACCGCUGUUGUAGGGGGGUCGUCAACGACGUCCUCGAUCCGGGGUCUCAGCGCAUCCACGAUCAUGUACAUCCCCAUGCCAUCGGAUGGCGCGGGGUCCAUUGUGAUGCUGGACGGAGACGAUAGCGCAAGCGAGGUGGCAAAGUACAAGGCCAAGGGGUUCCUCGUGGCGGGAUACAUAUCGGCCAGAAGCUGGGAGGAUUGGCGCGACGACAAGUCGGCGGUUACGAAUGUUGGGAUGGGGAAACGUGGCUUAAGUUUGACAAGUGGCCCCAGCUAA